GUUCCCGUGAUGCCAGACGACACCAUUGUUCCCAAAAAGCCUGCUGUCGUGCGGGUGUAUCCAACAAACCUCUCGCUGAUAUACAAGUAUCGUCCUCUUACCCUGCUAUUCCUUGAUCCUCCCCGAAAAUAUGUGUAAAUACGUCAGUCACAUCCGCGUCUGCAACCUGUGCAAUCACCAUGACACGGUUCUUAUAUCGGAGAGGCUCUGCGUACUAGCAAAGCAGAGCGGAGGCUUUGGGAGUUGUGAUACUGGAAUAAGUAGUGACAACAACAGCACAAGCAACCGUUGUUGGAAAUGCAGAGAGAGAACCCGACGCAUCCCUUGUGCGUCACCGGCAUUACGGCACGUUAGUCUUCCUUGAAAACGGCGUCGAUGAUGGGAUAGAGUGGGAGACGAGGGACACAUUCAAGU